AUGCUAAUCCUUUUGAGCUUGCUGUUAACGAGCUUAGCAGGUAAUUUACUGUUUGUUUUUUGUGGAUUUCUUUGUCUGAACGUUUUUCAAUUCCAAAUUUCUGCAGUAUUGGCCAAAGAUGGGCCAUGCACGAUGUCCUCCCAUAAAUUAAAAUGUUCAUCGAAUGGGUACUUCGAGCUAACUCAAUGCCUGGAUGAAUAUUGUGUUUGUGUUGACAUAAGAGAUGGCACUGAAGCCAGACAUACGAGGACUGCGAGUAAAGCAAUCACGCCGGAAUGCGGAUUAUGUCACAAGGAAUUGGUGAAGAUUGUGGCCAGGAAUGGAAACUGGUUCCCUCAAUGCAACAAGAGGAAUGGUAAGCUCAAUAGAUAAGGUUACGUGACGCUAUUUAGGUGACUACGAAAGGGAACAAUGUCUGAAAGAGGACUUUUGCUUCUGUGUCGAUCCAAAAACCGGACGAAGGAUCAAUGCGGAAGUGAAGAAAAACACCGAUCUCAAUUGUAAUCCUCAAAAAUAUAACGGUAACUUAAAAAGGCCACAAAAUAUUUUUAUUUUAGAGAAUGAUACUGUCUACAAGCCUAAGAACAAUUAUCAAGAAGAGAGCCCGAUCGCUUCUCCCAUCUGCAAAUUGCCCAAAGCUUACGGCAAUACUUGUGUUUCGGCCCCUUCUAUUAGAGUAGGCAAUCUCUUUUCUUACGUAAUAAUUACAGUACUACUUUGAUGUGGAAACUUUCGAAUGCUUGGCUUUUCGUUAUAAUGGAUGUGGAGGGAAUGAGAACAACUUUGACACCCAAUCUGAUUGCUGGAGUGCUUGCAAAUUGGGUAAGAAUGAGAUUAUUUUUUAAUUACAGUACUCCAUCCUAUCUAAUAUUGAUGAUUUAGCUGAUUUCUUCUCAUGUGCUGGCUUAAGGAAGUCGGCCAGGGAUGCGAAAGGAGAUUAUAUAAAUUGUGGCGGUCCAGUGAUGCUCUCUGAUACAGGAUCAAACAAAUGCCCCAAAGGUUAUGAAUGUAUUAAUGGGCCAUUUACGGGAUUAUGUUGUGAUAAGAAGAAUCAAGGUGAGUUUUUUUUUCAACUUCCAUCAUCAUUAAUUUGAUGUGCGAGUCUUAUAAAAACAAAAUUUUCAGAAGUGUUUUCGAAGAAUUAUUCGCCCACAUGUCGCAAGGGAAAGGUGGUGACGGCGGACAGCGGGGGCGGACUUACCAUGAAUCUUCUGGGAAAGUCGUGCAAGGACAACUUCUGUCCCAAAAAGGCCGAAUGUCAUGAACUGGAUUACUUUGCUCAUUGUUGUCUUUAA